GCGCUGGGACCCGGGAGCGGCCGGAGAACAAGGGAGCCGCGCUGGGCCGCCGAGCCUUGGGCCGCGCCGCGCGCCGCCGCCCGAGAGGCCCGGCCCGGCCCGGCCGCCCGAGCAGGCCGCGCGCGGGGCGCCGGGCCCGAGGCGGGCACCAUGGGCGAGACCAAGAUCAUCUACCACCUGGACGGGCAGGAGACGCCGUACCUGGUGAAGCUGCCGCUGCCCGCCGAGCGCGUCACGCUGGCCGACUUCAAGGGCGUCCUGCAGCGGCCCAGCUACAAGUUCUUCUUCAAGUCCAUGGACGACGACUUCGGGGUGGUGAAGGAGGAGAUCUCGGACGACAAUGCCAAGCUGCCCUGUUUCAAUGGCCGCGUGGUGUCCUGGCUGGUCUCCGCUGAGGGCUCGCACCCCGAGCCAGCACCCUUCGGUGCGGACAACCCGGCCGAGCUGCCGCCGCCCCUGGAGCGCACCGGGGGCAUCGGGGACUCCCGGCCUCCGUCCUUCCACCCUCAUGCUGGUGGGGGCAGCCAGGAGAACCUGGACAACGACACGGAGACGGACUCCCUGGUGUCUGCCCAGCGCGAGCGGCCGCGCCGCAGAGAUGGCCCCGAGCACGCUGCCCGGCUCAACGGCACAGCCAAGGGGGAGCGGCGGCGAGAGCCGGGGGGCUACGACAGCUCGUCCACCCUGAUGAGCAGUGAGUUGGAGACCACCAGCUUCUUUGAUUCUGACGAAGACGACUCCACUAGCAGGUUCAGCAGCUCCACGGAGCAGAGCAGCGCCUCGCGGCUCAUGAGGAGGCACAAGCGGCGGCGGCGGAAGCAGAAGGUGUCUCGAAUCGAGCGGUCUUCGUCCUUCAGCAGCAUCACGGACUCCACCAUGUCACUCAACAUCAUCACAGUCACGCUCAACAUGGAAAAAUACAACUUCCUGGGCAUCUCCAUCGUGGGCCAGAGCAACGAGCGCGGGGACGGGGGCAUCUACAUCGGCUCCAUCAUGAAGGGCGGGGCCGUGGCUGCUGACGGCCGCAUCGAGCCAGGAGACAUGCUGUUACAGGUCAACGAGAUCAACUUUGAGAACAUGAGCAACGACGACGCCGUGCGGGUGCUGCGGGAGAUCGUGCACAAGCCAGGGCCCAUCACCCUGACUGUAGCCAAGUGCUGGGACCCAAGCCCACGGGGCUGCUUCACUCUGCCCAGGAGUGAGCCCAUCCGGCCCAUCGACCCUGCGGCCUGGGUCUCCCACACGGCCGCCAUGACCGGCACCUUCCCCGCCUACGGCAUGAGCCCCUCCCUGAGCACCAUCACCUCCACCAGCUCCUCCAUCACCAGCUCCAUUCCCGACACAGAGCGCCUCGACGACUUCCACCUGUCCAUCCACAGUGACAUGGCAGCCAUCGUGAAAGCCAUGGCCUCUCCCGAAUCCGGGCUGGAGGUCCGGGAUCGCAUGUGGCUCAAGAUCACCAUCCCCAACGCAUUCAUCGGCUCCGACGUGGUGGACUGGCUGUACCACAAUGUGGAAGGCUUCACGGACCGGCGCGAGGCCCGCAAGUAUGCCAGCAACCUGCUGAAAGCCGGCUUCAUCCGCCACACCGUCAACAAGAUCACCUUCUCCGAGCAGUGCUACUACAUCUUUGGCGACCUCUGUGGCAACAUGGCCAACCUGGCCCUGCACGACCACGACGGCUCCAGCGGCGCCUCGGACCAGGACACACUGGCGCCGCUGCCGCACCCGGGGGCCGCCCCGUGGCCCAUGGCCUUCCCCUACCAGUACCCGCCGCCCCCGCACCCCUACAACCCGCACCCGGGCUUCCCCGAGCUGGGCUACAGCUACGGCGGAGGCAGCGCCAGCAGCCAGCACAGUGAAGGCAGCCGGAGCAGCGGCUCCAACCGCAGCGGCAGCGACCGGCGGAAGGAGAAGGACCCCAAGGCCGGGGACUCCAAGUCGGGCGGCAGCGGCAGCGAGUCGGACCACACGAGCCGCGGCAGCCUGCGCGCGCGGGAGCGGGCGCCCAGCGAGCGCUCGGGCCCGGCCAGCGAGCACAGCCACCGCAGCCACCACUCGCUGGCCGGCAGCCUGCGCAGCCACCACACGCACCCCAGCUACGGGCCCCCGGGCGUGCCCCCGCUCUACGGGCCACCCGUGCUGAUGAUGCCCCCGCCGCCCGCGGCCAUGGGGCCCCCGGGCGCGCCCCCCGGCCGCGACCUGGCCUCCGUGCCCCCCGAACUGACCGCCAGCAGACAGUCCUUCCGCAUGGCCAUGGGCAACCCCACCAAGAGUUUCGGGCUGUUUGACUUUCUGUGAGUCCCCAGCGAGGGGAGGCCCAGCCUCGGAGGAGACCAGGAACCCUGCUUCUGCAGCCCCUCAGGGCUCCCCAAGGAUAUUCAGCCCCACCCCCACCCCACACCCACACUUCAGCAUGUAGAGACACUAGGCUUUUGGGGGGAGGGCCCCAGCCACUCACCUGUGUUUGUGACUCUAUUCCCCCUUUCUCUCCUUCUCUCUCUCUCUCUCUCUCUCUCUCUCUCUCUCUCUCUCUCUCUCACACACACACACACACACACACACACACAAACACACACGUGCCUAUGCAAAGUUCUCGUAAGCCUCAGGGCUGGUCCCUGUCCAGAGGGCUGGGCCCUCUCUCCAGUCCUCUCCGGGUUGUGGGGCUGGUCCCCAGACUCCCAUCUCCCCUUCCUCAAGCCUCCCACACGCCCCCUUCCUCUUCCUACCUGCACAAAGCCCAGAGGCGGGGGCUCACUGAGCCCAGUGAGGAUUCGCCAGGAAACGGACCGUCCUUCUCGCCCCACAUCCCCUCCCUGUUACUUUGCCAUACUAGCCCAGAGCAGGCUGGGCAAGGGGCUUCUGGGGCUUGCAGACAGCCAGGCCACAGCGUUUGCCUUCCCCUCCACUGCGGCAAAUCCUGACUCAUCUUAAAGCUUCAUCUAGAGCUUUCCCUGGCUCCCCUAGGCUCCCGGGCUCUUAAGCCUGGAGUGUCAGCUGUGAGGUGAAGGCCAGGGCGCCAGGCUCUGGGGCAUGUGUUCACUUGAACCAAUAUUCCCUGGGGGUUUCGAGGUGAGGACUCUGUCCCAAGUGUGAUCGGAGCUCUGGGUUUGCUUCCAGCUGUCCCCCGCCCCCCCCCCCCCCGUUCUUCUCUUUUAUCCUCUGCCUUGUUGGACUCUCGAGAACUCCUUCGUCAUUGCCUUCAGUGUUGGUGCUCCCCGUGUUCUGUCUUUGGUCCUCUUCUCUUUGCUCUUUUACUCCCCCAAAGGAUGUCAUCCAGGAGCCAGGAGAUAGUACAGGGGGUACGGCCUCAUAUGUGACAGACUUGGUUUGAUCCCUGGCACUGCCAGGAUGAUCCCUGAGCACAGAGCCAGGAGUAAGACCUGAGCACUGCAGGGUGUGGUCCAAACCCCCUUAUCCCCCCAAAAGAAAGAAAAGGCUGUCAUCCCUCCUGCCACUGACAUGCUAGUGGUCUCCAAAUCUCCAUCUCCAGCCCCCACUUCCCUCCAGUCUUUAGACCUGCGUCUUUAUCACCCACUGGACAGCUCCACAAACAUGUCCGUAGAGCCUCAGGUCGUCUUCCCCCUUUCGGGUGUCAUCCUAAAUUCCAGUCCCUGGUUCCUUCAUCACAGUCCGCACAGGCUCACCAGCUAGGAGUCCUGGUGGCCUUCAGUUCCUUCCGAUGUCUUACUAGUCACCAUAUCAUAGCCAUUCCGCUCCAUCGACUUUCUUUGAACUUGGCCCUCCUUCUUCCUCUGCCUCUAGUUUACCAGAGCAUGGGACUUGGGGUCCGGUGGUUCUGGGUUUGACUACCAGUUCUGCUACUCUUUCGGUUGCGUGAUAGAGUUAUUCAUUCUCUCUGAGCCUCGAUUCCCUCGUAUGUAAAAUGACGAUAAUAAUACCUACCUCACAGGGUUGUUGUGAGGAUUAAAUUAGAUAGUGUACGAAAGGUGCCUCGCACAGUGCCUGGCACACAGUAGACUAGGUGCUCAAUAAAUGGUAGCUAUUAUUAUUUAC